CCACGCUGCCACCUGCCUCCCGCUCAGCACCCUUUUGGGUCACCCCUGCUGCCUCCCCGCCUGCCCAAGGCCUCUUAAUGAACUAAAAAAGUGAUAAAUCCCCGGCCGAGCUGGUCACGUGAGGCCGGUGGCCCCCGGCCGCCCCCCGGCCCGACUCCCGCCUCCGGCCCCACCGCCCCAGUAAGCUGACGCAGCGUCUCUAAGCGUUAGCAGCUUUGCGCGCUAAUAGGAUUAGGGAGGUUUAAAACUGUCAUUUGAGUGAACUAAACCCCCUGAUACUCUGCAUUGCACCUUCUUAACCAAUUUGCCUUCAAUUAGGGUAAUUGGGAAACUAGCAAAGAAGUAUAGCAUUAAUAUUUUAAAGUGAUGAAGCGAUUAUGGGCCUUGGACAAGGAAGCAAAUCAAUUUGCUAUCUGCUCCUAAAAGGCAAUUAUAAUCAUUUGGCAAAUCAGCCUGCUGCCUCCCCCCGGGCGCGGCAGCACCUUGCGGCGGCCGCGGGGCCGGCGCGGCGCACACAGCGCCGGGGCCGGGCAGCUGGGCAGUCCCCCGCCCCCAAACCCGGCACCCUGGGGACCUCCCUGCACCCCCGGGCCAGUGGGGCACCCUGGGGAGGGCUGUCGAGGGCCAUCAGUGUGGAGUACACGGCUCCUGCACUCGUCACAGUGGCCAGCACGGGCACCCGGGCGAGUGGGGUCCAGGUGCCUGUUUGCACCCCUGGCCCCACAAACCACCCCUGCCCCAGGGAUGUCCCCAGUACCCCCACAGGCAGCACCUCCCUGCUCUCCCCUGCACUCUCUUGCAGCGCUGCAUGGCAUGGGGGUGUCCUCCCAUCCCCAGGGGCUGCAUGGCCUGCCUGUACGUCACACCAUCCCUGGUGUGUGGCCUUGCCGUCCCCGGGGCAGUGCCAGCCUGUCCCUGGGGUGGUGGCACACUGUCCCCAGGGUGGUGACGUGCCAUCCCCAAGACAACAUCACACUGUCCUGUGUCACCCUGAAGAGGUGUCAGACAGGGCAGGUGGAGCUGCACAACCCCAGUGGGGGACAAUGGGAUGGCCUUGGGGCCCACACCAGGACACAGAGGGGGCUGCGGGGUCUUGCCAACAGCAGCUCUGGUGGGGAUGGCACAGAUCCACUCAGGGGCCAGCAGCCACCUGGCACAGGGUGCUGGGGUCCAAAACCCCCGCAGUGGCAUUUGCCAUCUGAAAGGGGAACUGUGGCAAGGAGGGGAAGGGAGUGGGAGGAAGCCUAGACAGGCCCGGGGGCGGCAGCGGCUGCAGGUGGCAGGAAGAUGGUUUUGGGAGAAAGUAAAAGUGAGCAAAGAAAGAAAAGGGCAAAAUCCACCCCACAGGAGAGGGGCUGUGGGCAGCACCAAGCAAUCCCCCAGCACAGCCCAGGACCCCCACCAUGAUGUCUCCAUCAUUCUUCAGGGCCCAGGGGCAGCAGUGGGAGUGGGGAGGAGAGGGAUGGUAGUCUGCCCCUCAGCCCGGCUGCCUUUGUCCCAUGCCCCUUAGGGCCCAUGGGCAGCCCCCAGGGAUUGUCCCCUUGGCUGGAUCCCACAGCUGGUCCCCACAGGGUGUUCCCAUGCCUGGCCCCGGUGCUCAGUCCCAUGUCCAUGACUCAUCCCCAUGGCUGCUCCCCACACUUGGCCCGCCUUCCUGGUCCCCUGCUCUGGUCCCCAUGAGUGUUCCCCCUGCCUGGUCUUCAUACCAGGUCUCCAAGGGUGUUCAGGGGGCCUGGUCUCUGUGGCUGGUCCUCACACAUGGGCCCACAGCCACACCUCAGAGCAGGUCCCCAGACCGUGUCCACACCCUGGGUCCUCACAACUGGACCCCAUACCUGGUCCCCAUUCCUGUCCCCACACCUGUUCCCAUCUCUGCUCCCCACAUGGGCAGGGCUCUGCAGGCAGCAUCACUGGGAGCCACAGGGCCACCCACACUGUCACAGGGCCACCCUCAGGCUCGCCAUCCCUAUCCAGGGGGGAUAACACCCACCACCGCAGCAUCCCCAUCCCACCGAGGCUUGGGGUGCCUGGCCCAGACCCCAUCCCUGGGGCAGAGCCUCCGCAGCCCAAGGAAAUCCUGCCCCCUCCCCCUCCAUCCUUUCUUCUCCGCUCCCCCUGUUUCUAAUUCUUUCUCCUCGCCCGUAAUGAGGGGAUUACACGGCAAACUCCAGCAGGACGCCUUUGUGGGGAGACAAUCUGAGUGGGGAAGGCAGUUCGGGGCUUUGUCCGCCGCUGCCCCCCCGGACCCGUGCUGGGGGGACAUUUAGAGCAAUUACUUGUCCAGAAAGUAACUGUCAAUCAUUCUUAAAGGGGAAGGCCUCCAAUUAAUAACCUCGUCUUAAUCCUUUGGACUCAUUUCCAAUCUGCGGUGCCUUGGUGACAUCUGCAACACUAAAUAAAGAUUCUCCCGAGCCUUAGCACGGCGGUUCUGUGACAAAUAAGAAGACUAGAGGCAACUUUGGCUGCCAAAGCUGCGAGAUUGGUGAGGUUGAGCCGCUUGUUUGGUUCCCGGGAGGGACCAGCAAAGUUAAAUACUCCUGGAAAAGCCGAGUUGGGCCCAGCAGGUGUGGAGCUGCACAAAUGAGAAGCAGGUGCCACCAUGUUCCUGAAUAAGUGCGAGGGGGACCUGGGUGAGCUGCGGAAGCCAGGGGACGGUGAGGGCACCCCACCAGCCGCUGCCGAGGAGGAGCAGCCCAAGAAGAAGCACCGGCGGAACCGCACCACCUUCACCACGUACCAGCUGCACGAGCUGGAGCGCGCCUUCGAGAAGUCCCACUACCCCGACGUGUACAGCCGCGAGGAGCUGGCCAUGAAGGUCAACCUGCCGGAGGUCCGCGUGCAGGUCUGGUUCCAGAACCGACGAGCCAAGUGGAGGCGGCAGGAGAAGAUGGAGGCCAGUUCCAUGAAGCUCCACGACACCCCCGUGCUCUCCUUCAACCGGCCCCCCAUGACCCCCAACGUGGGGCCCAUGAGCAACUCCCUCCCGCUCGACCCAUGGCUGACGUCCCCCAUCUCCAGCGCCACCACGGUCCACAGCAUCCCCGGCUUCAUGGGAGCCCCGCAGGCCCUGCAGCCCCCCUACGCUGGGCACUCCUUCCUCAACACCCCCCCACCGAUGGCGCAGGGCAUGCAGCCCAUGGCCCCCGCGCCCUACCAGUGCGGCACCCCCUUUGUGGACAAGUACCCACUGGAGGAGGUGGACCAGAGGAGCUCCAGCAUCGCCUCGCUCCGCAUGAAAGCCAAGGAGCACAUUCAGACCAUUGACAAGACCUGGCAGCCCAUUUGAUGAACGCUCCCCUCCGAGCCCCCUGGCUGCCGCUCCUGCCCCCGGUGCUGGCUCGGCCCCGUGGCCGUGGGGGAGGACAGUGGGUGCUCAGCAGGACCAAAGCUGGCACUGGGCAGGGAUGCCGGACUGCGUCUUCCCCACACUGACCCAGCACUGGUGGUGUCAGGGGAGUGAGUCGGGGUGCUGGCAGGACCCCACGGCUGGGGGGAAGCACCGCAGGAGAGCCCCUUUGCCUCUCUGAGGCACCAAGAUCAGCUGAGGACUUGGCUGAGGCUCAGGCAUCCCACUGUGCCACCCAUCACACCCCAGUUGGACAUCUCCUUUCUCCACAGCCCCUCCCCUUGCCAUUACUAUUAAUUUUUUUUUUUUUUAAUGCUGCAGAUUUAAACAAAACUGAACAGAAAGCUCUAGUUUUGUAGGGAGUACUUGGGGGGAUGUUUUAGCUGCGUCGGGGCACGCCGCCGCUCAUGCCGGGAGAUGCACCGGCGCCGAGAGCACGGGUGUAUUGUGAGUAAAGAGAUAAGCUGGA